GAAAAUUUGAGCGGUAUAUCUGGUUGUACCGAAAACCACGGUCGGAAAGAAACGCUGGUUGAGUUCGGUGAAGUGGAUAAGAGCGACGAUGCAAAUAGCCGCUACGAACUUCUUUCUUUCGGCAAACCCCAAGGCUAUAUAUCAUAAGCAGACAGCAGAUUACUUUACUCCAAAUCUCACCAGCAAAAGCGUGUCUUUUCCUAGUCAAAUGGGAUAUGGCAGCAGAAAAAUUUCUGUGAGUAAAAGUAACAGAUAUCUUCCAGCUGCAUGUGCUGCAUUAUCAGAAGAUGUGAGUGUUUCUUCUUCUCAGUUUGAAGACUUCUCUGUCACUAAAGCUACUAAUAUCAAUGAGAAUAAAGAACUAAAGAUUUGUAUUGAGGUCUCUGGAGCUAAAACACGAGCAAUUUUCGACAAUGUGUUCAAUGAAAUGGUUGAUAAAGCGCAGCCUAUUCCCGGUUUUAGAAGAGCGAAAGGAGGAAAGACGCCGAAUAUACCUCGGGAAAUUCUAUUAGAGAUACUCGGACCUUCGAAGGUGUACAAACAAGUUAUUAAGGAAGUUAUCAACUCUACUGUUGCUGCAUAUGUGGAAAAGCAGGAAGCUCUAAAAGUGGGCAAAGACCUGAGAAUAGAGCAAAGCUAUGAGGAUCUUGAAGAACAAUUUGAACCAGAUGAAAAGUUCUUUUUUGAUGCCAUUAUUCAGCUCAACCAAACAAACUGAAUUAUUGAAUUACAUUGUAAGAUACUUUCACCCUGAAUUUUGAUUAAUUCAAAGUGUUUUUUUUAGCA